AUGACUUUGAACAACUUUAUCAAUUCAACGACAAGUUACAAGAAGACCGAAUACCUGCCGGAAUUGAUCUGCCGGGGCUUGAGCUCCCAUCACCUCCGGACUAGAAAAGGAGAACGUUGCCUCGUUCCAUACCAUAAUAAGAGAAUACCUCAAUAUGAAUACCCACGAUCUUCUCUUCGAUCUGAGCGAUGUUUUUGCCAUACAAAAAAACGGUGCGCAUUGGCACUGCGGGGGAUAAUGCAGGGUGUUGAUGUUAUACUGUUGGCCGACGUAGUGAAUGUCAGACAUGUCUUAACAGAACCACCCGAUUUUGAAGAAUGGGUUCUUGUUUGGCAAAUCAUCCGCCGUCGUCCACUUGAAACUGACCGCAAUAGGCACGGCUUUCAACCUGAUAGGGACCGUGACGUUUUCAACGUUUUAAGCUGCCAAGAUUCACACCAUUCGCCGUCAGGGCGUCAUCGGAUUCGGUCUUCGAGUCGCGCUGCUGGCAACCCAUGUUUACCAAGUCCCGCGAUCGCAAAUGGCCGACCACCAUCCAAUCCCUGCUUCAACAGUGAGAUGAAUCUGACUCUUCUACUAACGGGAUUGGCUGUGACGAACAGAAGCUUUGCUACUGACGGUGACUAUGGGCAUUCACAGUGCUACAAUAGCAUGGCAUUCAACAGCUGGAAACUUUCUUCAAAGGCCGGGAUAGUCGAUUGUCCAAAUACCGACAAUGGGUACUGCUAUAAAUUUGCCGCUCCGAAUUUUGCGCGCUGGACUUGCCCGUCUGAUGAUUUAUGGACGGAUGAGCAUGGGUGUAAAUCGGAAGGCAGCUACGAUUCUACGAUGAAAAAGAAGCCAAAUGAAGCACUCGAAUUCGUCAAUCUACCCCGGGCGAUCCACCAACGGCUUCUCGAUUUUGUGGGCAUGGACGAUCCGAAGACUCGAUUCCGUUAUGCUAGAACAUCCCUGAACGAAGAAUGGCAAAUCUGGUCAAGGCAGUUCAGGUGCCAGCUGCGAGUGAAUGGG